AUGGAUCGAAAAUCACGUACAUCUCGCUCUGCAAACCUGGAUGAUACAAAUGAAGAAGUCAACCUGUGGAAACAGAUAUGCAUUGCGCUUGCAAAGCUGGAGCAUGUACAAAAAGAUACAGCCAACGUUGUAACUGGCAUCAAUAACAUUCACACAGCUGUGAAUAUGGAGCAAGGCAUACCAACUGUUGUUGGUAAUAAGCUCAUGGACUUUUACCGAGGUGGUAUAGACUUGUCAAACAGUGAAUCAAAAAUCAUCCACGAUAUUAUAGAAAAGGUAUCUGUUCUCAUUGCGUUACGAGAUGCAUCGGAAUACAAUCAUGUCAUUGAUGGAAAACGAAAAAAAAGGAAAGCUGAUAACGGAGACGACUCAUCAUCAUCGGCUGCUUCAGGCACUCACUCUGUUUCAUCCAAGAGAUCUAAAACACACCACAAUCUCCUGACACAUGGAACAUCUGUUGCUGCCAGGCAGCCCAAGCAAAAGGAUAAGAAUGAAGAGUGGAUUCUUGCAGUGGUCAUUAGCUACAACCACGAUAAGAACAGAUAUGAGGUGGAAGACGUAGAUCAGGACGAAUUUGGCCAAAAACAACGCUACAUGUUACAGCCCCGAAAUGUGAUUCCUAUCCCGAAUGUCGAUGAAGCUAAAGGCUUGACUGAAAUCAACACGGGGCAGGAUGUAUUAGCACUUUACCCGGGAACCACUUGUUUUUAUAGAGCUAAAGUAGCUGCUCCACCCUCCAAGAACAAAGACAUGAGCUACGGUGGGAAUUAUAAAGUGCAAUUCGAGGAUGAUAACAAUGAGUACAAAUACGUUAUGCCAGGGCACGUUUUAGAGGUGCCAAAAGUCAAAUAG